AUGCAUAACAGCUGUUUCGAUAAUAACAAUUCGUACAUGGAAUGGAAGCCAAACGAGAAGAUAUACAAAACCGUUAUACAAGCGCUCGAGUCCUCAUGCAGCAGUUCGAACAACAGUGUCCAAAUUGAGGUAACCAAAAUUUUGAAGGACCUAAAUGAAAAUGUAGCAGAUGCAGCUCUGUAUCUACUGCACAUCUUCAUGAACAAACAGGAGAAAAAUGAUGUGAGGCAAGUGGCUGGGUUGUUAUUAAAAAAUUAUAUAAGCUCAAAAAAUAAAUUUCUAAAUAACGAAAUUUUAAAAAUAAUAAAGAAUGAAAUUUUCAAGCUAGUAGAAGAUGAAGUGAAAGAAAUAAGGAACACUGCAGGUUCUGUAAUAACGACCAUAUUGACAAAAUACGAAGGCAUAGAUAAAUGGCCAGAAGCAUUAUACAACUUAUUGCUACUGAUCGAACGAGGGAAUAAUGAUGUAGUGGAUGGAGCCUUCCGUGCGAUAAUAAUCAUAAUUGAGGACGAAUUAAUGAAUAGAAAAAAUGCAGAUUCUUUUUUCUUCCAAUUUUGUAAGAGCCAAUUGUUACAAAAGCUAUUUGCAUAUUGUUCCCCACAAGAAAAAAGCAUAAAGAAAAAAUAUGCCGCCGAAUGUCUAGAUUUGUUUAUAACAUCAUCCUGCUUCACAACCAAUGGAGUGUUCAAUGAUUAUUUCCCGCAGUUAUGGGAAUGCCUAGGAUUUCUAGCCUCCGAGGAGGACACGCAAAUUUUAAAAAUAGUAGUAACGUGUAUGACUAUGAUCACGGACACAAGGUACUCCUCUAUAUUUAACAACCUAGAUGCGAUCAUACAAUUUAUGGUAAACGCCACAAAUUCAUGUGAUAGGAAGGUUCAAUUAGAGGCUCUGGAGUUCUGGCCCGUCUUCAUUAAGGAUAGAAGCUACAUUGCCUACUCCAACUACAAUAAUAACAGCAAGACAAAUGACAUAAACAAAGUGGAUAGCUACAUAGACGAGAAUGUGUACAAGAAUAUAAACGAGUUACGAAAUGAAGCGUUGAAAAUAUUAAAAAACUAUUUGCCUUACUUGUGUAAAAUAUUGGUAGACAACACGGUGUAUACCAAGUGGGAUUAUUUAACCAUGGAUGAAUCCCACUUCCAAAAUGAUAAUGCUAAUGUGCCUGACUUGAUCCAGGACAUCUCCCCAGAAAUGUACAACAAUAGUAGUAAAAAUAAUGACCUCAACGCACAGCACGUGCAGGAAGAAAUGAAAUUAAACAAGAUGAAUAGCAACAGUGACAAUCAUACACACAUGGGGAGUAACUCCCGCAAUGGAAUUAUGAAUAGUAACAAUGGAAAUAGCAUUGGAAGCACCAACGCAGGAGGUGAAGGUGGAGAAGGAGGAGUAGGACGAGGGGGCGAAAUGAUGCAACCCGGGGAUCAAACAAAUAAUGACAACCAUGUGGAUGAUUAUACCGAUGAUGACGAUGAAAAGAAUGACGAAGUGACGGCGAGGACGUGGGGAAAUGAUUGGACCGUAAGGAAAGGAGCUGCUUUAUGUCUCGAUUAUUUAUCCAAUGUGUAUAAUGACGAAAUAUUGGAAUUUAUCCUACCACACAUAGAAGAGAAACUAAUGAGUGACAAGUGGAACAUAAGGGAAAGUGCAGUACUAACCCUAGGCGCGAUAGCGAAAGGUUGCAUGUAUAGCCUCUCCCCAUUUAUCCCCAAAGUGUUAGAAUAUUUGUUAAAAUUGUUAAACGAUGAGAAGCCCCUAGCGAGGAGUAUCUCCUGUUGGUGCCUAACUAGAUUCUCAUCGUGGAUAUGUCACCCAGACAAUUGCGGCAAAUGGUUUGAACCAGUUUUGUUAAACCUGUUAAAAAGAAUUCUGGAUACAAAUAAAAGGGUACAAGAAGCAGCUUGCUCCUCCUUUGCCAAUUUAGAAGAAGAUGCGUUGGAUUUACUUAACAACUAUCUUCACGAAAUUGUCCACACGAUUCAACAGGCAUUUCAAAUAUAUCAAGCGAAGAAUUAUUUCAUCCUCUUCGAUGUCGUGGGUACAUUAAUUGACAGUGUAAACAUUGUCAAAGAGAAUAACGACUUGGCUCACCAAAUUGUGAAUUCGAUAUUGUCCAAGUGGAACAACAUACGUAUAAGUAGCCCAUAUAUCAUAGCCCUAAUGGAGUGCAUAUCCUGCAUUACAAGUGCCUAUGGCAAAGAAUUUUUAAAAUAUGCAAAAAAUGUCAUAAGGACGUGUAUCAAAUUUUUGGUCCUACUAUACAUCGAUUUAGAGGAAGAGAUAAUAUAUUACUACAGUAAAAAGGCAGGAAAUACAAACUCGUUUAUAGUUAAUCGGAACAACAUAUCCGUGACGGCAAGUGAGUUGCUAGCUUACUACAAAAUUAAUAAUGAUGAUUAUUUUACCACGCUGAAAGAUAUCGAUUCCAUUUCUCCUUCCAAGAAAAAAGACCUUAUUGAAUGCAGCUUUGAUUUAUUGUCGAGAAUUUUAAGUGUUAUUAAUUCGAAUAUUAUGAACAUAAUAAGCGAAAAUGAGUAUAAUUUUAUCCCCCUUGUACAUAGAUAUUGCCUAAAGUUUGAAAAUAUCAAAUUUGAUGGAGUGCUAAAUAGCAAGCUAAUGAUGAAUCAGGGGUUCAACAAGCAGGUCUUCUCCCCGGAAGGAAACCCCUCUUCUUCUUCAUCAUCAUCGGCCGUUAAAAAUGGAAGAAUAGUAAUUUCGAAGGAGGAAGAAAAUGACGAGUGUACAGAAUUGGCGAAACAUUUUUUAAAUUUUGGCAUACUACAAUCAAAUUUUGCCCUCAUAGGAGAUAUUUCCCGAUUUUGCGCCCAAUAUUUAAUACACUACUUGAAUGACAUUAUCCCCUUUCUCAUUGCACACAUUACACACCCCUCAACGCCGGUGUCCAAUAAUGCCAGCUGGGCCAUUGGAGAAAUUAGCAUACACAUCAACCCUCAGUACAUGGAGGUGUACGUGGAUGAAAUAAUUAAACAGCUUAUUUACAUUUGCCAGAAUUCAAAGUAUCACGGCUGCUUGCUACAGAAUAUAUGCAUCACUUUAGGGAGGCUAUCCUCCACCUAUCCCAAGAAAAUCAUUUUUUAUUUCCCCCAGUUUUUAAAAACAUGGUUAAAAAUUAUGUCACAUGGCACCCAGGAAAACGAAAAGAUUAAUUCAGUCAAAGCUAUCUUAGAAACGCUCUACCUAAAUCUCGACAUCGCUGCGGAAAACUUACAGGAAAUUGCUUAUAUCAUACUUAAGUACAAGUACGUAUCUCAGAAUGUGAACAUUUUUUUUCACCAGUUUCUAGCCACUAUGAAGCAGAAGUACCCCACACAGUGGAAGGGAAUUUACAGCUCCACGAGCGACUCCCUCUCCUCUCCCAUCCCCAGCGACAUGUUGAGCGAUUUGAGCACGCGGUUUAAUUUAUAG